AUGAUGUUAGCUUUAUGGUGUGGUAUAUUUGCCCAUCGGCACAAUGAAUCUCCUUUGGUUGGGGUUUUUCUCUUCGGUUGUGCUGUCCCCGACGGACCACCGUUAGAAACUGCCCUGGUAGACAAGUUUGAAUAUUUCGUCAAUGGUGUCUUUCUACCUAUCUACGUAACCACAUCAACAAUGAGAGUUGAUCCAAUUGCGAUGGUCGCUGAUCCGUAUGCACGCAAGUUUUCUAUCAUUUUUCCGAUUUUGACAUUCCUUGCCAAGUUUUUAAUCUGUUUUGUCGCUUCAUUUUGGAACAUGAUGCCAUUGAGGGACUCGUUGGCUUGCGCUCUCAUUAUGUGUAGCAAAGGCGGGGUGGAGCUCGCGUAUUUCUCUUGUUUCAGAGACAAUAAGGUCAGUCGUGUUUCUCCGAUCUUUAUAGCUCACAAUGAAAAUCGAGCGGUGGAUUCCUUUGAAAACAUUGUUGCUUUCAAUCAUUAUGAGCAAAACAAUUGGGGAUUGGUCAAAGUAAACGCAUUCACUGCUAUCUCUCCGCCAAAACUCAUGCAUGAGGAUAUCUUUAAUAUGGUCCUCGAUAACGAAAUAUCUUUCAUAUUUCUUCCAUUCCAUAGAAAAUGGUGUAUUGAAGGAUCUUUUGAAGCUGAAAACAAUGUGAUAAGGAAUCUGAAUCGCAACGUCCUGGAUCGAGCCCCUUGCUCUAUAGGGAUUCUUGUUGACCGUAGAAGAAAACUAUCAUCGUCCAAGUCAUCGUCCUACUUCAUUGGCUUGCUCUUCAUAGGCGGCAAAGAUGACCGAGAGGGUUUAACAUUAGCCAAACGCAUGGCCCGUGACCCUAGAGUGAAGUUGACGGUGAUCCAUCUCUUUUCUAAAAAAUAG